UUGACCAAUAUGCGCUCAAUUCAAUAGUUAUUGAUAAAUUUAUACAAACUCUGAAACAAUUAGAUACAAUUAAAAAUUCUUAAAUAUAUAUUUUAUUAAAAGAACAAUUGAAACAUAUGAGAGUAGUGUUUUUACUCAUUUUCUCUUUCGAAAAUAUUAAUUCACUAAAAUUCUACAAGAUGGUGCGAACGAUACCCCAUCAUUGUAGCAAAUAAUUCCUAUUGUGACAAUUAGCCAAAGUUUGUUAUUAGAACUGUUAGUAAUACUUACAGAGAAAUUCUUUUCAAAUAUUCUAGGUUAAAUCUAUUAUAAGUAAUAAACUUCUUUUUAUUAAAGCAGUAUGGAUUUAUCAAAGCUUACAAAUGAAAGGAAAUUAUAUCUUUGUCGAUGGUAUUUUCGUGGAUUUGCACUACUUCCAUUUCUUUGGGCUGUUAAUGCAAUUUGGUUUAUACGAGAAGCAUUCAUUGUACCAGCUUAUGAGGAACAAAAGUACAUUAAAAGAUAUGUAAUAUUUUCCGGCAUUGGAGCAAUUUUAUGGACGAUUGCCCUUGUUGCGUGGAUCGUAACAUUCCAAACACAAAGAGCUGCAUGGGGAGAAUUUGCAGACCAUAUUAGUUAUAUUAUUCCUGUUGGUAUUCCUUGAUUACCUUUAUAUUAUUCCUUGUGAUAUAUAUAUAUAUCUUUAUAUUUUAUUAUUAUAUUUAUUUUAUACAAAAAUUGCUACUUAUUGUGUAAGCGAAAAUACAUUUUUACUUCAAAGACAGGAAUUAACUUAUAUUCAUAAGACACAAUUAUU